UCCGUCUUCAGUUGCUCAUUUUCUCCCUUCAGCACACAGUCAGUCAGUCAGUCAGGAGCUUAGUGUCUUUAUCAAAAUGCAGCUCUUCGUCGUCGUCGUCCUCCUCCUCUUCUUCUUGUCCCACGUUGCUAUGGUUGAAGCGGUGGAUGGUUGCCACAGCGAUAGGGACAAGGACCACCGGCCGCGGCAGAACUGCACGGCAGCCGGUUACAGUGACGUCCCAGCAGGAUUCGAACCCACGACCAAGGUUGUGUUGUUUCCCAACAACCUGUUCACCAGUCUGUCCUGGGCAUCCUUCCAGGUCUUCACUGAGAUCUAUGAGAUCGACCUCACUGGAAACAAGGUUCCAGAAGUGACCCCCACUGUGGCCGCGGAGCUGCCCAGCCUCAGCGUCCUCCGGCUGGGGUCGAACAGUCUGACAUCCCUCUCUGACGGCUCCUUUUCUGCCUGUCCUGCUCUCACUGAACUCCACCUGGAAAACAACGCCAUCGACUCUCUGAGCGACCACACGUUCUCUGGACUCAGCAAGCUGGAGAUCCUGGACCUUUCAUCAAACCGCAUCAGGGUGCUUCCCCCGCUCUUGAUGCACCCCCUACCUGCCAUAGAGACCCUCCUCCUGGAGAACAACAAGAUCAGAUUGCUUCCAAACGAUUGGUUCAUCCAGAAGGAGGAAGUGCCAUACCUCUACCUCUCGGCCAAUCCCUGGGCAUGCUCCUGUUCACUUGAUUAUUUACGGACAUACCUCGAGGACAACGAACUCAAUUUCUACGUCCGGGAUGGCCUGAUCAUCAAGAACGACGCAUGGAGUGUGGUGUGUGACUCUCCACAGUCGCAUAAAGGUACACCUGUGCUGAAUCUGGCGGAGUCUGAGCUGUGCUCGUUUCCAACAUCAUCUGGUCCAAUUGGAGACUUCGAGCCGAUAACUAGCAAUGCUCCUUACAAGUCUACUGCCGCUGGUACUUUCCCAACUCCUCUCACUACUCCUGAUCCUACCACCAUUAUUAUUACUCCUGCUCCUACCACUACUACUACUACUCCUGCCUCUACCGCUACUGCUACUACUAUUCCUGAUCCUACCACUAUUAUUAUUACUCCUGCUCUUACCACUACUACUACUACUCCUGACUCUACCACUACCGCUACUACUACUACUCCUGCUCCUGCUACCACUCUAGAUACAACAACCUAUGAGCACUACAGAGUAGUCACAUGGUCCUGGUACCAUACCUUCACCAGUUUCAUUGAGUGGACCCAUCACUCAGGGUCAGAGGUCAGAGGUGAGGGGUCACGGGUUGGAUCGCACGCUUUAACUACUCAUCCAACUCAUCCUACUGUCCAACCGACAACUGAAAGUCCUGAUAACACAACGAUUGUUGCGUCGACAAAACCUGCCGAGACAACCAAAGCUGCUCCUACGACUGUAACAGCAACAACACCAAAACUCCAGGUAAUCACAACAACCACUGAGGUAACCACCACGUCAGCCACUGUGUCGACCCCUUCAUGGGUGAUCAAUAAAGCCGGCAGUGACCAGCGAAGAAGUCAACUUGCUGGAGCAGCUGCAGGGGGGUUCUGUUUUUGGCUGUUUGCGGGAGGCGUGUUGCUGUGCAUUGCAGCGGCAGCGUGUGCGCUGGUGACUCUGACGAGGCUCAUUAUCUGGUACAGGAGGGUGUACAAGCCCCUGAGUGCGAUGCUGGCGAGGAGAGGAAGAGGAGGAGGUGAGGGAGUGAAGCUUUUAACGUACAGCAGGAGGGAAGAGCAGGUGGCAGCAGGAGGAGGAGGGGUGAGGGCACUCUAUCGCUCCGUGCUGUUCAUCUCCAGAGAGGAAGGAGAAGCCGAGGAGACGGGAGGUGGAGGGAGGGAGGUUGUUACUCUGGAGCCAACAGGUGGAGGAGGAGUGACAAGAGAGGAGGAGAAAGAAGGAGGGAGGGAGGAGAGAGGGGUGUACAAGAAGACGAUAUACCGUCUGGUAAGCAAACAAGAGGAGUUAGAGGGAUGGAGGGAUGUGAUGGAGGAGUGUCGGGUCAGUGCAGAAGAUGGAGGGAGGAGGGGAAGAGGAGGCAUGGAUGGUGGAGGAGUUUCCAGAAAGCGCUACAGUGUGAUUCUGAGGGAGGAGAGGGAGGAGGCAGAGGGAGGCAGGGAGGAGCAGGACUGGGUGGUGGGAGGGUGGGAGGUGAAGAAGGGAGGGGGGGAGGAGCCCAGGAGCAACUGGGGGGAGUGGCUGGGUCACUUCUUACCCAGCAUGCCAUGGGAGGUGACCACACCUCCUGAGGGUGAGGCAGCUCAGUGAAUUGCCGCAUCACACGACUUAUUGCAAAUACUCAGGCUCUCACAUCUUUGUUCUUUAACCUCUCGCAGACUAAAACACUGGAUCAUAUUCAUCUAUAACUUCAUAUAACAGAAGCGUGUAAAUAGCUGCUCUUUGUUCCCAGGACUCAAAUUUGUUUGAAGUUUAAUUCUGGUGAUUUUCUAUAUUAUUCUUCUUGUCAACAAAUCUCAUGUUUGGAUCCAAACCAACAACGA